UCGGGCCGGGAGCUACGGCCGGGACCCGGCCGGCUGGCGCUGUUGGUUUCGGGACGGGGGACGCGAGCCGACGCGCUCGACUAUCCCGGGCACGGGAAUAGUGGACACUCUGGGUCUGGUGCCGCCCAGGGUCGCGGAUGGCCUGGGCACCAAGAGUAACCACGUGCUCGGCCGGUGGUCUAGAGACGGGACGAGCACACGGAAAGUUUGGAGGUUUGCGUUUCCUCGCUGCCUUGUCUUGAAGACAACGAUGCCAAAGAAAGUGAAGCCUGCAGGGGAUGGGAAGGAAGAGGGGCCUCUUCCCUGUAAGCAGGUGAAGCUGGAGGCAGCUGGUGGGCCUUCCCCUUUGAACCUUGACAGUCCCAGUGGCCUCUUUGAAAGUUUAAUCUCGCCCAUCAAGACAGAGACUUUUUUCAAGGAAUUCUGGGAGCAGAAGCCCCUUCUUAUCCAGAGGGAUGACCCUGUGCUGGCCACAUAUUACCGGUCCCUGUUCAGGCUCUCAGAUCUGAAGAGUCUGUGCAGCCGGGGUAUGUACUAUGGAAGAGACGUAAAUGUCUGCCGGUGUGUCAAUGGGAAGAAGAAGGUUUUAAAUAAAGAUGGCAAAGUGCACUUUCUUCAGCUGAGAAAAGAUUUUGAUCAGAAAAGGGCAACAAUUCAGUUUCACCAACCUCAGAGAUUUAAGGAUGAGCUUUGGAGGAUCCAGGAGAAGCUGGAGUGCUACUUUGGCUCGUUGGUUGGCUCGAAUGCGUACCUAACCCCUGCAGGUUCUCAGGGCCUGCCGCCCCAUUAUGAUGACGUAGAGGUUUUCAUCCUGCAGCUGGAGGGAGAGAAACACUGGCGCCUGUACCACCCGACGGUGCCCCUGGCGCGGGAGUACAGCUUGGAGGCUGAGGACAGGAUCGGGAGGCCAGCACAUGAGUUCACAUUGAAGCCGGGAGACUUGCUGUACUUUCCCAGAGGGACCAUUCAUCAGGCGGACACUCCCUCAGGGCUGGCCCACUCCACGCACGUGACCAUCAGCACCUACCAGAGCAGUUCAUGGGGAGACUUCCUUUUGGACACCAUUUCAGGGCUCGUGUUUGAUACCGCAAAGGCAGACGUCGAGCUACGGGCCGGCAUACCCCGGCAGCUGCUCCUGCAGGUGGAAACCACAGCCGUUGCAACAAGAAAAUUAAGUGGCUUUCUGAGGAUGCUUGCAGACCGGCUGGAGGGCACCAGAGAACUGCUUUCAGCGGACAUGAAGAAGGAUUUUGCUAUGAACAGACUCCCACCUUACUACCUGGGAGACGGAGCAGAACUUUCCACACCAGGUGGACAGUUACCGGGGUUGGACAGCACUGUGAGGCUGCAAUUUAGAGACCAUGUCGUCCUCACCGUAGGACCCGAUCAGGACCCAUCCGAUGAAACUCGAGAAAAGAUGGUUUACAUCUAUCAUUCCUUAAAGAAUAGGAGAGAGACACACAUGAUGGGAAAUGAGGAAACAGAGUCUCAUGGACUUCGCUUUCCUUUAUCACAUAUCGAUGCACUGAAGCAAAUUUGGAACAGUUCAGCUAUUUCUGUCAAGGACCUGAAACUUACUACAGAUGAGGAAAAGCAAAGCCUGGUAUUAUCCCUGUGGACAGAAUGUUUAAUCCAAGUAGUCUAGUGCCUUUGCUUCUUUUUUAAUAUGUAUAUAUAAAAUAGUAGACACUUGAUUCUGCAAAGAUUUACGUGCUAGGGAGCCCCUGUUGCUUUGAACCGAGGACAUAAUGAAUGUAACUUUCCUUACCUGUGUAUCUAAUAACAAACAUAACAUGAGACCUACCUGUUACAGGUGACCAGUUGGCCAUAUGUACUAACAGAGGUACACAGAAGAAAGAACAGCAAAUUACUAAAUGUCCCAGAAGGUGACAAAAACUGUACUUCUUGACAAGUUUAUUUAUAAUCCAGUGUGGUAGAAAAGGCACAGCUCAAUAAAUGUAUCAUUUAAAUUUAAA